CAUGGGUUCCUGCGAGUAGCGCGUCGCGUCGUGCGUGUUUAUACGAGAUUCGAGUCAUUUACGAGUUUUUUAAUUUUUAUUUUCGAAAAUUUUCUACAGUGGUUAUUCAUUUUGGUGGACGUCUGUGGGGACAGGGGGCUGUGGUUGUUGUUUUUUUUCUGUUUGUUUUUGUGACAUGAUUGUAAUUUAAUUUUCACUUAAAUUCAGUGGUUUCGACUGUGUUCUUUUUGGUCUAAUUGAACAACUAUGUAAACUCGAUCCUUUCCUUGUUGAUCCUGAAGGGAAUUCGAAACCGUCAUGAGAAAAACCAAAGCCAGUAAAUAUGCGUCAAGAGAACCGUCCCCAGCCCCGAGUGUUUAAACUAAAAUUAUGCGUGUCGUGGCAGUUCUCUCGAAAAAAGUUCAAAAUUAAAACGCAAAACGGUUAAGCUAGUCGACAAUGGUGACCGCAAUCACCGUAGCCAACAUGAUGCUCGACAAUAACACCCUAUAUUCCACGAUGGGACCGAUCGUGUCUUCGCUGAUGAACAACAGCAACGCCACAGACGAAGACGAGUCAUGCUUGCGGGAAGACCCACCCCACAUACAGUUCUACAGGUUCAUCACGAACGGCAUCCUCCUCAAUUUGACCGGUCUGUUGGGCAUCUUGGGCAACAUCAUAUCGAUGAUUAUUCUGUCGCGACCGCAAAUGCGGUCCAGCAUCAAUUACCUGUUGAUCGGACUGGCACGCAUCGACACGGUGCUGAUCAUCACCAGCAUCCUGUUGUUCGGGCUGCCCGGCAUAUAUCCUUACAGCGGACUGCUGUUCACCUACUAUUACAGCGUGUAUCCGCACAUCGCGGCCGUGGUCUAUCCCCUGGGAAUGAUGGCACAGACCGCUUCGGUGUAUUUAACGCUGACCGUUUCUCUGGAACGGUUCGUGGCGGUGUGUCAUCCGCUGAAGGCCCGCUCUUUAUGCACGUACGGGAGGGCAAGGGUGUACGUUAUUGGCAUAAUCAUUUUCUCGAUUCUGUACAAUUUGCCGAGACUGUUCGAGAGCAGCGUCAAAACGGACACGUAUGAGAGACUCAACGUCACGGUUUACUGUCCCAGACCUUCGGAGCUCAGGAACAAUGAGCUGUACAUGAGGAUUUAUAUACAUUGGCUCUAUCUGAUUUUCCUGUAUUUGCUGCCUUUCAUCUCCCUUGCUGUUCUCAACGCUUGUAUUUAUAGACAGGUUUUGAAGGCGAACAAAGAAAGACAGCGCCUCUCGAGACUGCAGAAACGGGAAAUAGGGCUGGCAACGAUGCUGUUGUGUGUCGUGGUGGUUUUCUUCUUGUGCAACCUCCUACCGCUGGUCAUUAACAUCAUCGACACCUUCAACAUAAACAUAGACCUGUCGAUCAUGAUACAAACCAGCAACCUGUUGGUCACCAUCAAUUCCAGCGUCAACUUCAUCAUCUAUGUUAUUUUCGGCGAGAAGUUCAAGAGGCUGUUCCUGGUGUUGUUCUGCAACAAUCCGCUGUUCGGCAGCGGCAGGGAUUCCCCGGACACUCACGACGACAGUUUCAUAUCCAACGGCGACCGGCAAAGUCUACGGCUUCACAGACAGAACACAAGUAUUAGUAGAAAUGGAUUAUCAGGCAGCCGCAUGAACGGAUCGGGCAGAGAGAAUAGGAAUUCCAGAUGUCGCGCCUCUAGUCCCGGCCCGUGCGUCUACUAUCCGGCCGCCAGAGCCGGCAAGGAGAUCAGCACGUACACGACGCAGACGUCGAUACCGAGCGCCGACUGACAGCGCAGAACGUGCGGCACUUUCGCCGUCGUCGACUAAACGGAACCGAUAUCCUUCUGGCGUCGAGGUAACAUACCGAAAGUGCGACGCCUGUAUCGUCGCGGUUUAAUUAUCCACUUUUGAGGAAACUAGAGCGGCUCCCUGCGGUUGAAGGUCGGUUCAUUAAGGAAAUGCCGGUUCGGUAUGCGAGACCCGGGUAUAAAUGACAACGAUAUGAAGUUUUGCAGUUCGGGGAUGGUCUUGUUGCGUUUACUUUUCGGAACGACGUAAUUAGAGGUCUUUGUAUCUGAGAUCGAGGGUACACCGGUUUCAUGUUGGUGUUCUCGCUACGACAUUCGAAGUGUAUGAUUGAAUUAAAUUUUAAAUUCGUCUGUUAAGGUUAAAAUUUGGUCUUUUCAGGUCUACGUUUCAAUUCAACCUAUCACAAAAAAAAAACAAUAUUAUAGUAUUUUUUUAUUUUUUAGCAUUUUAUUUUAUUUCCAUUCUGUCCUGGAUUAAUUUAUAAGUUUGCUUAACAGGUUCGGUGAAGCCUCAUAUGCUCAGCAGAUGUUUCAAUAAAAAGUUUUUGAGGUGUUAAAGUUUCGUUGAAAUGCCAAGAUAAAAUUGCUUUUAAAUGGUUGUCAACCAUUUCAUUUUAUUCUCUAACAAGAGACAUACGUUCUAUUGUUUUAAUUUGAACAUCAUUACUAGCGACAAAAGGCUCAAAAUUGUUAGUAAAAUAUCAAACUAUUG